AUGGGGCGCAGCAUGCUCGCGGCUCUCGGGGGCCUCCGGGGCCUCCGCCUAGGGCGCAUCUUCCGCAGGCCUCCGGGAGCGCACGGAGAAGCAGCGACACGGCCCAUAGCGCCCCUGCGGCCUCGGGGUCUGCCCCGCUACUGCAGCGGCCGGGCCGCCAGCGGCUCUGAGCCCCAGGGUCCAGCAGGAAAGGUCCACCGGGUCCCCGCCGAGUACAAGCCUUCGCAAUUCGAUAAGAAAAUCCUGGUGUGGACCGGGCGUUUCAAAGCGAUGGAGGACAUCCCGCCUCGGAUCCCUGCACACCUAAUUUGGUAUAGCAGAUCAAAGCCAGAUGGAUGGGUAAAAAAGAUCAUAUCUUCUGGGCUCCAUCUGGAACAAAAGCCAGAAAUGAUAGAUGCUGCAAGAAACAAGGCUCGAGUGAAAGCUUGUUACAUAAUGAUUGGACUCACCAUUAUCGCCUGUUUUGCAGUGAUCGUCUCAGCCAAAAGGGCAGCAGAACGACAUGAAUCCUUAACAAGUUGGAACCUGGCGAAGAAAGCUAAGUGGCGUGAAGAAGCUGCACUGGCCGCACAAGCUAAGGCUAAAUGAAAUUCCGAGAGACACGGUGUUAAUCAGAGGAUCAUUACUAUUACCAAAACAAUAAAAGAUAGGUAAAACAGAAUAUUUAAUGAAAUAACUGCCAUGGUUUUAAAGAGAAGCAAAAAGUCUUUUUAUUUUUAUUUUCAGUAAAAUUUUACUGAAGUGGAACUGUAUUCAGAAAAGUGCACAGAGUGUGUAUAGCUUGAUACCUAUUUCCAUAGUGAACACACCUGCAAAACCACCUCCCAGGUCAAGAUGCAGAACACCAGUAACAUCUCAGAAACCUCUCCUCUACCCUCUGUCAGUCAUUACCAUCCAAAGGUAACCACUGUUGUGAGUUUUAUCACCAUAGAUGAGUUUUGCUUGUUUUUGAAAUUUAUAUUAAUAGAAUUACACAAUAUGCAUUUGUGAGGGUGAAUUCUUAGAUUCAACAUUAUGUUGUGAGAUCCUUACACAAAUUUUGUGUAGCAUGAGUUUAUUCAUCCUUGUUUUGUUAAAGUAUUCCAUUGUGAAUAUGCAACAGUUUAUCUGGAUAUUUGGUCCAGUUUGGGGUCGAUACAGAUAAUGCUAAAAUGAGCACUCUGUGUAUAUCAUUCACUAAGUGUUCUUCAAAAUCUAAAUUUUCAACCAAAUUUCCACUGUAUUUGGGUAGGACUCUUGCACUGACUGAGAGGAAUGUAAAACUAUCAACUUUAGACUUUUUUAAGGUAAAUAUAUAUGCUAAGAUUUCUAGGGUAAUGAGAAAAUAUGAACCCUCAAACAAGUAGAGAUUUUUUAAAAAUAGACAACUGAAUUUAGUCGAAAGGCAGAAAAGGGGGAAGGGAAAGAAAAAGAGAGAAUAGAAAAGAGAAACAGGACAAAAUAACAUGGUUAAAAUGAAUCCAGAUUUAUUGGUAUUCCAAAUAAAUGAGACAAACUGGUAAGUGAAGACAAAGAUACUUGAAAUGUAUUAAAAACAGUAGUACACUGUAUAGAAAGGACACUACCAAAACUAUAGAAUACUAUAUAGACCAUUACAAGAGCACAGAUUCAUAGAAUAUAAAAAUGGGGAUUUUGUCAAUGGAGAAAUGAAAAAACCAAAUAGACACCUAUCUUCAAUACAUUAACUUUCCUAAAGCUUGUUGAUUCAUCAGUAGAGAAUGAAACCAAACAUCAACCAGGUAUUUUAUCUUUUAUGACAGAAUUGCCUUAUGGCCAAUUAGGUUGUAAAAAGGUUUGAAGGGAAAAUGCUUAAAGCAAAGAUGUUUACAGAAAAAUUGCCUAGAACAGAGAUUGGGAGCAGGACUUCUGUUGUUAGUCCUCUUUUGUUUUAGUUACUUCAUCUUAUUAACCAAUCUGUUCCCUGUCACCUAAGUUUUUUUUAACAUUAGUAAAUCCUAGACCAAAGGUUUUGUACUCUUUCCUUCUGUAUACUUACUGCUUUUUUGGGUGGUGGCCAUUCUCUAGUGCCCUGGUACAGAAGAUUUCACCAUGAAAAACUAUGAUUGAACCUUCAAUCUGAUCUCAUUUUCAUCUUGGCAUAAUAAGGCUGCUGUGUCUUCAGCUUUCAGCAGCAAAAUCUAUUGUUCCCACCAAAAGAACUAAGAGAAAUAUUCUCAAUUAGGUUUCAACUUGUUUGUUUUAUUUUAAUUCAUGUAUCACAUAAGCUGCAAAUAAAAUUUGUAAUAACUA